AUGUCUAACUGGCAAUUAUACAGCACUGUCCUGCUCACCUACGCAAUGCUCCUACCAGUUGCUGACCAUGAAGGGAUUGUGUGUGCUCUAUAUAAAAAUUCCUCUUACAAUGUCAGUGUCCCCAUAUCUGAUAAAUGGGAACUGGAGGGACCUGGGAAGAUCCGCUGCAGAGAUAGCAACUGCUGCAUGGCAUUAUGGAGCAGGGAGGCUGGAACCACUCAGACAGUUAUAUUAAGUUGCUAUCCAAAAAAUGCAGUAUGCAGAUCUGAGCUGUGCAUCCCGGUGGAAAGCAAGUCUCCUUAUUGCUUAUGUUCCACAGACAUGUGUAAUGCAAACAUUAGCCUUCCUCUUCAAGCAUCUGCUCCCGCACAAGUUGAAAUGAAGAGAUGUGCUCACUGGAACCUGUCCUGUGAUUGGUCGGAAGCUGCGAGGGAGCGAGAAAGGAAUGCAAGCAGAUUCAGUGGUCACCUGGCUGCAUAUGUAGCCAUGGCAACCUUCUUUCUGCUUCUGGGUGUCACAGUGAUCAUCAUAGUGGUGAGAAGAAAAAAACUUUGUGGUCUGCAUGUUACAAGCGAGGAACUACAUCAGUUGCAGGAAGUGCUCACAGAACCCCACAAUCCUCCACUACAACCAGUGGAAGGGCUCACCCUAUUGCAGGUAGUGAGAGAAGAAGAGUUGGCUGCAAAUGUGUGGCUUGGUUCUCUUCAGGGGCGGGAAGUGAUUAUAAAGUGCUUCCCACCUUCCCUGAAAGAGCUAUACAGACAGGAGUGGAGAAUCCUCAGUCUCAUGACUCCCCUCCAGCAUGAGAAUAUUGCGUGUCUCCUGGCUGCGGGGAGCGGUUCUGCUGGGAUCCUGAAACAUCACCAGCUGUUGGUCUUGAAACAUUAUCCAGAGGGCUGUCUGAGGUUUUAUCUGACUAGUCACACAACUGACUGGCCCAGGGCUUGUCGCAUGGCCACUACCCUAGCAAGAGGACUCGCAUUCCUUCACACAUACAUGUGGAGAGAAGAUAAGUACAAACCAGCGAUUGCUCAUAGAGAUCUUAGCAGUGACAACAUCCUGGUGACAACAGAUGGCUCUUGUGUAAUCUCAGAUUUUGGUCUGUCUGUAGUGCUGAUGGAAAACCAACUGAAGAGUAAAAAAUCACAAGAUACAGCUGUUAUAAGCAUGAAUGGCACACUACGGUACAUGUCCCCAGAGAUGUUGGAUGGCUCCCUAAAUCUAAUGUCCUGGGAAACAGCACUCGCUCAGGCAGAUGUCUAUUCUCUUGGACUUCUUCUAUGGGAGAUAUUCACUCGCUGUAAAAGCUUAUAUGAAGAUCUCCAGGCCCCGGAAUUCCAAGUCGUAUUUUUAGAAGAGCUGGGAACAAACGUGACAUUGGAUGGGUUGCGAACAUUAGUGGUUGAAAACAAGUGUCGUCCACGGUUUCCCAGAACCUGGUGUGGCAAUCAGCUCAGCUUGGUCCUGUGGGAAACACUAGAAGAUUGCUGGGAUCCUGAUUGCGAGGCUCGCUUAACAGCUCAGUGUGCUGAGCAGAGACUUACAAACCUCUGUCUGUUCCAUUGCAAUGUUCUGCAGGAGGAGCCAGCACUGUGCACUGCACCACACCACAUUCCCACUGAUUGA